AUGACGAACCAGAUCACCGCGACCCUACCCACCCGUGAGCAAUUCUUUACCACGGGUUUCAUCUCGACACCAGCCCCUGCUGACAUCUCGAUAACCGAAUGUGGAAUCUGCCUCGAGAAAUUCCAGACUCCUGUGACCCUCAGCUGUCACCCAAGCCAUGUCUUCUGCUUGGACUGCAUCGCUCACUGGUUGAGGGAGGCUGACGCUUGCCCCUUGUGCAAGACGAAGCUAUUCGACACCAAUCCGAUUCCACUACGACGACGAAUCAUCUACCAAGCCCACGACAUUCUGCGCCAGCGUGGUCCCGCUCACAACAUCGAGAACUUCGGUACUGGCCCCUACGACGGGACUGCGGUUGACUUCGACAACGUGAUGUGGGGCAACGAGAUUGCUGUCUGGUGGCUCGACAGUGGCUUCUUCGCCCCUGGCCGGUUCAAUGACCGAAACGGCGUCCAAGCCAUCGCUGGAACGGGUGUCAUCAACAUGGUGAUACAUGCCACGCCAUUCGCCAUGUUGGGCAACUACAUCCCAGCAAUCUCAGAAGUUCAGAACAGGCCAUACACAGCCCAACAGAGAGAGCACUGGACUUUGGUGCUGACAGCUCUGCGCAACAUCCUGAAGCAGAACGAGGGCCGGGUCAUGGACACGUCCCCACAAGCCAUGCUCAGCAAGCUGCGGAAGGUGAUGAAGCACCUGCCCGACGUCUCACGCAUUCAAUUCCUGCGCCAAGUUCCUCAUGGUCUUGAGGACGCGAGACUUCGCGCGGACUUCAUGUGUCUCCUCGAUUUCGUGGCCGUCCUUGCGCAGAUCGAGAAGAACCGACUCGUGGUCGAGAAUGGAGGUCCUCUGGGUCAGCCAGGCAAGUGGACGGCGAAGCUCAAGUCCGUGAAGCGUCUCUUCACGCCCAUCCGUCGAUUUGGACGCUGGUUGGUGUCAGAUUUGUGA